GCAAAACUUGUCAUUUUCUUCCUAUUUGCAUAUUUGCUUUCGCCGGGUAGUAGUUAGUUUAAUCAAUGGUUGUGAUGAAUGCUGGUUAGUGAAACUUCAAGUUGUGAUGAAUGUUUCUGAUAGUAGUUAGCUUAAUGAAUGCUAUUUUUUUAAAAUGCUUCUGAUAGUUGUUAGUUUAAUGAAUGCUUGUUAGGGAUAGGUAAUAAAUAAGUUAGAUAUGUGUCUGCUCAGCUUUACUCUUCUCAAAGAGUAAAGACAAUGAAAAGAACCGUAACCACAUCCAACAUCCUUCUCUUUAUUUCUUCUUUCUCGCUUAACUCUUUUCAUCUAUAAAAGCAGGAAUUGUUUUUCUCUUCCUUUUCACCAUCCGACAUCCUUCUCUUUACUUCUUCUUUCUCACUUGUUUGACAUAUUAAUAUGGAUUCUACUAAUCCAUAUAGUCAUACCUCCAAUUUCGUGGACCUUUUGAACUGUCAACAAGAUUGUAACCUUCCUGAACCCUUUCCUUAUGAAUGCGGUUCACAAAUCCCUGUGUUCAGUACUCAAGCAACUGAAACUUCAAGCUUCUGUGAAGAGUCACGUUCAGAGCGCAAAGAAAGAAAAAAAUGGCCUCCUUCUGAUGAUCUAGUGCUCAUUAGCGCCUGGUUAAACACCAGCAAGGAUGCUGUCAUCAGCAAUGAGCAAAAAUCAAGUACUUUCUGGGGUCGCAUUGCUGCUUACUAUGCAGCUAGUCCAAAGGUGGCAGUAGGUGAUAAGCCAGAACCUCUUCAGUGUAAGCAAAGGUGGCAGAAGCUGAAUGAUCUUGUUUGCAAGUUCUGUGGAUCAUAUGCGGCAGCAACAAGACAGAAAACUAGUGGUCAGAGUGAGAGUGAUGUUGUGAAACUGGCACACUCUAUCUUUUUCAAUGAUCACAAGAUUAAGUAUAACCUCCACCAUGCUUGGGAGGAGCUCCGCUAUGACCAGAAAUGGUGUGAGCAUGCUAAUAGUAAGGUUGGUGGAAGCGCUAAGAAGAGAAAGUGCGACGAUGGAGCAGAAACAUCAAGCUCUCAAGCAACUAUCAAUCUAGAUGAGGAACCGACCAAACGUCCAGCUGGGGUGAAGGCUUCGAAAGCAGCUUCUGCAAAGAAACCAGUAGUAGAUACUGAGGCUGAGUUAAAGUUUCUGGCCAUGUGCUCUAUUAAAGAGAAAGACUUGGUCCUGAAAGAGAGAGUUUCGAAAAUGACUCUGCUUAACAGCCUCAUUUCAAAAACAGACCCACUUUCUGAAAUAGAAGAAGCAGUAAAGACUAAGCUUCUUACAGAGAUGCUGGGUAACUAGGUGUAUGUGUCAUGUUCUGUUCCUGUUCUUGUGUGAUAUGUUUAAAUCGAGUGUAUGUGUCAUGUUCUGUUCCUGUGCUUCUGUGAUAUGUUUAAAUCAAAUGUAUGUUCUGUUCCUGUUAUAUGUAAUGUUUUCAAGUUUAAGUGUUGUAUGUUUAAAUCGAAUGUAUGUUCU